GUCACGUGUCUGGGGAGCGACAUUAAUCGCCUCGCCAAUUUGGCCACACCGAUUACAGCCUGUGGUAGAAGAUGGCUCUACCUCGAUCCCCUGUGACAUGCCACGUCUUGGAUUCCAGCUUUGGCAAACCCGCUGAAGAUAUUGGCGUCUUCUUAGAAAAGUUUAACUUUGACACUUCUGCAUUCGAUAUGUUGGGGAAAGGAACCACAAAUGAGCAAGGACGAUGUGAAACGUUGCUCGAUCCUAACCAUCAGCUCAAGCCUGGUCUCUAUAAGCUCACGUUCCAAACUGGCGACUACUUUGUGGCUACCAAAAGAGAUUCAUUUUACCCCGUAAUAGAUAUUACUUUCCAUAUCGCCAAGGACGAACAUUAUCAUAUCCCUCUACUGCUUAGCCCUUGGUCUUACACUACAUACAGGGGUUCCUGAUAUGUGGUCCAGAAACGGUCUAAUCCACGGUUUGCAUAUCAAUGAAUGGGACAAAACCGAUCACAAAGGGAAGUGAAGGUAUCGUUGACGGCAAAUCAAG